AUGCUGGAAUCUAAAAAUUAUGACAAGUGCUCUCUCUUGUGUAGGCUAUUAUCCACGGUUAAACAUCCAAAUAAAAAAUAUGUACCUUGGAAGAAAGAUACACAUUUUUGAAAUUCUUUUGACUUACAAUCGUGUUGUAAAUAAUUUCAACACAAUUAAUGAUAAAUUAUCAACAAAAUACUCAAAUAUAAUCACUAAAAAGUAACUACAUGGAUACAAUCUUUUAAUAUGGCCUAAAAGUCUACAAUUGCAUUCUUUUUCAAUAAUGUUGCAAACAGCAAAACAUAUCAUGGCUGAAUAUGGCGGUUUACUGAUGAAUAAUAGCUUAAGUUGUGUUAAUACAUUGUAUGAUAUGAAAGAGAUAUAUCACAGACGUAAUUAAUGAUAAAAUUUGAUGACAAAAUCGUGAAUAAAUGCUGUAUAGUGCUCUUGCUUAUGGAUCCUACGUCUAGAAUACUAUAAAUACUGUGAUACAUAAUAAGUUAAAUCUCAUGCCAAAAUUACGAAAAAAUAGAAGAAUUGAAUCUAUGUGGGGUGUCAAAUAUUAUACAGCAGUGAAAAAUGCUGUUUUUAUACAGACACAACCUUAUGUACCAAUAGUUCCACCCCCAUCUUUGAAAGAGCAAGUUCCAGAACAUGAGACUCUAUAUAUGUGUCCACAAUGUAAAGACUGCUUCUAUUUUCGAAGCAGUUUGGAUGACCAUAUUGCAAGGAAAAGUUGGAUAUUGGGAUAUUGGUGUCAGCACUGUUUUGUAACUACCUGUAAACAUAAAUCUACAGAAGAUAUCCUAUGUUCCACAUGUGCACAAGUGGAUCAUGAAAAACGCUUAUAUUUACGAAGUAGAGGUUUACGUAACAAUAAAAAACUUGGAGCAAUAAGAAUCUUUUAUAAUCAAUGUCAAUUUUUUUCACAUUUGAAAGCUCAUAAUGUAAAUUUGGUAAACAUGGGUGAUUUAAUGUUAAUGCCUCUACCAACAAAUAUAAUUGAUUGGAGUCCUGAGAUAGAUGUUAUUUGUGAAGCACUAAUGGAGCAUACAUUUAUAAUAAAAAUUCAUAUAAUGGAUUGGUUGAAAGAUAAAGCUAUUAGUAACAAUUGGUGGCAAUUGACAAAAGAUAUAAAAGAUAAUAAUCCAGUUACUCUCAUUCUUAAAGGUUAUAAAGGCAGACUUCAUUUUAAACAAUUAGAAAUACCAAUAGAUGAGGAAAUUUCUAUUUUGAAUCGUGCUCAUCCUAUGUCUAACAAUGACAAGACCUAUUCUGACACUGUAAUUUUUGAUUCUGUAGAAAAUGUUGAUAAAAAAGCAAGUUCAUCUUCUACAGAUAUAAUUUCCAUCUCUGAUGAAAGUGUAAUUGAAAAUGAAGAGAGUCCUUGUACAGUAAAUGAUAUUACUUUUGUGGAUUGUGGAUUAUCAAAAUCCUUUGAACCUGAAUUUCUAUUAAACAAUAAAGAAAGAAAAGGAGACAGUACAAAAUCAGAACAAGAUGUAUCCACUACUCAAGAACAUUCGAAUGUAAUUAAUAAGUCUAAACGAAAUAAAAUAAGACAUUUAAACUCCGUUUCACCCAAUAUGAUUAUGUCAUAUGGCAAUACAGUGAUAACACCAAAACAUGAUAUCAAAAACUCAUCUAAACAUUCUACCAAUAAAAGAUUAUGGAAGAGCUUGUUACAUAAAUCUAAUAAUAAUGUAUCAAACAAGACAGUUACAGAAAGCAAUAAACAAGAGUUUGAUAAAAAAGAAAAUAAAACUCUCUUCAAUAAUUUAAUAAAAGCAGAAUCAGUGUCUAAGGUACAAUCUUGCGUAACAAAAAUAGAUGCAUGUAAAAAUAAGUUAGAUAAAUUUAAACAGAAUAUACAUACAUUAACUGUUAAUUCUGGUCAAAAAGUCGUUACAUUUCAAAGCACGAAACAUAUUGAUAUUAAUGCAAUUAUUAAUCAGCUACCAUCUCACAUGAUUAAUAACAAAAAGAUUGUUUUUGUGGAACAAAAUGAUGAUACAUCUGCCCAUAAAAACAGAGAGUCAUCUUCAGAAGGAGUAAUUCAUUUAGUACCUGUUGAUAAUGCAAAAUUAUCAGGAACGAAAAUAAAUGAAGAAAGCGUAGAACUUUCACAAAUUGAUAAAGAAUGUGAUGGAAAUAUUUCGAAAAAUCAAACCGAGCCUAAGACUUUUUCAAAUAAAGUUAUAUAUCAAAACGGGCAGAAAUAUAUUAUUAAACAAUCUUCAGGUUUUACUAAAAAUUUAAAAAACACAGCUAAUGCUGUGGUACCAGUAAAAGAUGUUCAAGAAUCAAACUCUACUAAUGUUCCAUCAUUAUUCUACAAUAUUCCACCAUUGAUACCUUUAGAUUCCACUGAAAUAGAAAAUGCAUCGAAUCAGGAGAGAACAAAUUCAUUUCAUAAUGAUGUUUCUCCUUUAACGCCUUCGCCAUCUCCGUCAGAAUUAUCAAAUAGCUCCAGCUGCGAUAUUCAGUCUAAACAACCUUUGUUAGUAAAGAGUUCUCAGAAAGUUGAUGUAUCUCAUAUUGAACAUAAAGAUAUUGGUGUACAAAAUACGAAAAAAACGUUUGAAAGUUUAUCAUUUCACAAAGGAGAAGACCAAAAUUUGUAUCUGGAUGUAAAAUUUCUUAACCAAAAGCCAAUUUAUACUAUUGUCGACACAUCUACGAUGAUAACGAAAUGCAAAGAAGAAAUGCUAAAUGAAUUUUUUCAUUUUCCUUAUUCUGAAUUGAAGAAACGGCACGACCAUUUACAGGAGAUUGCUGAGGAAAUAUCGAGAGUGAUGAGUUUCGUAACUGAUAAUGUAAUCAAAGAAAAUUUAAAAGCGGUUCAUAUUUUACAAACUGUGCUGAAACAUUGUAUUGACAAAUGUAUUGAAAAAUCUGAUGACAUUGAGGAGAAGGAUGCAUCGUUAAAUGAAUGGGAAGUAGAAUAUCAGCAAGUGGAUAAAAAACCUAUUUGUAAGGCAUGUAACAAAAUUAUGAAACCUAAGCAUUAUAUUCCAGGAUUUUCAAAACUUGCGAGAAAUGAUGUUUAUUGUUCUUGUUAUAGACACGUGUGUCACAAAUGUAACACGUACCAAGGUAAUUCGACGCGUUUCGUAGCUCAUCAAACAUUUCAUGAUAAAAAGAAACCGUAUUUAUGUCCUGAUUGUUAUCGUAAAUUUUCAACAUACAAAUCGUUAGAGGUCCAUACAUGGACCGCCUGUUUUCAUACGCUAAAAAGACGCGUUCUCGGUUGCAAAAUUUGCGAAAUAGAUGGUUUUCAAGAUAUGGAAUCUAUUGCUAGACAUUUUGCUAUUAUGCACAGCCAUAAUAAGAUAGUUUGUGAUAAAUGUUAUCUUCUUUUACCAUCAUAUUCUGAGUAUAGAAAACAUCAUAAAAAUAAACAUUCAGAUGCGAAUAAUCAUCAUCCUAUACGGCUUGUAUUAUGCAAACUUGGACGAUGUAUUGUACGUUACGAAGACUACAUGUUACAUAUGGAGAAACAUAUAGUUGUUCAAAGAUUAAUAUGGUUUAAAUGCCCUUUUUGUACGUUUAUUCAUGUAGAGGCUAAACGAAUUAUGUCUCAUUUGCAAAGUGGACAUGAAUCACGUCUGAAGGAACUUAUAAGUUCUGAGGCAUUGUGGAAUGUUUUUCAAGUGGAAACCGCAGCAAGUUUAUUAAAAAAUAAUUUACAACAAAAUAAAUUCACAAAUGCACACGAUGGAUCUUGCAAAGAUGGAACUGUUAUGCCUAAGAUUAUAAAUGCUAGAACUAUUACGUCUGAGAUAUUUGAACGUGGAACUCAGGGAACGGAUGAUCACUUAAUAAACUAUGAUACUCCACAUUGUUCUAAAAUUGUUAAUCCUAAUUCAGAGUUGAGUGUACCAAAGAUACUUGACGUUAGAUCGAUAGCUGAAUGCGAGAAGACUGAAACAACUUCGAAAUUUGUAAGUAGGAGAACAAGCGAAGAAAUUAAAGGAGAUAAAACUCGCAACGAUCAAGAGAUCAAAACUGAACUUGAAGAUGUCAUCAAUUAUACAUGGGCUACCGAAGCGAUCAAACCGAUUUCAGAUCCACUGAAUAUUGAAUUGCUGCAACAAGAUCAUUUUCUGAGAACGAAAAACGGACAAGAUGUAGGUGAUACUUUGCAGAAUGAAAUAUGUGAAAAAAAAGAAGUUCAAUUAGUUGAACAAACAAAUCAAGCAAAUACUCGAGAGCAGCUGGAAGAUAUAAAACAUGAAUCAAUUUCGAAACCUCCACCGCUUGCUAGAAUUCCUCAGCAUGUGUUGGAAACGAGUCGACCUAAGAAAGUUGGGCAGACAACGAAAAAGAAAAAGACGUCAAUAUUUUCACAUGAUCAAAAUAUUAAUCGUGACUUGUUUCAACGAGUUGCUCUAAUCUCUUCGGCUAAUUCAAAUGAGAUCCUUAACUUUACGUGCCCUUUGUGUCGAGAAUUAAUAAAUACAUCCAAAUCAGUCACAAAUAGUCACUUUCAAAGUAAACACUCGCAGGAUUGCAAGCUAUCAACGAUUACUGUAAGCUUGUUACGGAUAUCAUCAGAAUUUAUAAACGGUGGUUAUAAGGAAUUAUUAGACAAGAAAAAACGCAAAUCUGAAAGUACUAUGUCGAGUUCAAAAAAAAGACGCCGAUGGAAUCCAAAAAAAUAUAAUAACGAUGGAAAAAACGGAAAUUUUACAGGAGUUGGAUUAUGCGUAACACAAGAAACAGCUGAAGACAGUGAGGGUAAUUUUAGGUGUAAAAAGUGUGAUCAACGAUGCUCGAAUAUGUCAACUUUGAGAGACCAUAUCGCAUCUAAUCAUAGAAUCAAAGGUCGAUACUUAGUGUGUCUUGAAUGUGGAGACAACUUUGUGGUAGCACCUAGUCUACAAAUGCAUCUGAAAGCAUUUCAUGGGAUAGAGGAUCCCAUCACUUACAUGAUGCAAAAUACAUCUUAUGCCCCUGAUAAUGUUGAUAAUCUUGAAGUCGAAGGAAAAUCAAUCGAAGCAAAUCAAUGUCACGUUUGUAUGGCUGUUUUUGAAGAUAAGGCAGCAGUGGAUAAACAUCUUCGAGUCCAUGGAAUGGCGUUCCUAAAUCGCAAAAGGAUAGAAGCGCAAAACGCUCUGAAAAGUCCAGAGAAAAAAAGUGAAAUGGAGGAAGAAAAAUCGAUAUCAGUUAAAGCAAGUCCAAAAGAAAAUAUUCGAAAGGACAAACCUGCAGAAACUAUAUUGGAAAAAAUCAGUGCAACUAUAUGUAGUUAAUGGAGGCGAUUGUUGAAGAUAAGGUCGAUCGGAAAGUAGUACAUAUUUAAUAUAUAUUUAGAAGUUUAAACACGAUUGCAAAUCUGUGAUUUUAAUGUUUUAUUUAAGUGAUAAAAAAACGUUUCCUCUUUUUACAGAAAAAAACUGGCAAAAGUCAUUAGUUAUUUUAUAGUAUUGAAAGAAACGUGAUCCAAUACUUUAUCUCGAAUGGACUUUAAUUAAUAUUAAGCUCAACAUAACACAUUGCAAUUCGUUACAAAUUUUUCAUUUGUGAAUAACAUUCAUGGAAUAAGUGUGUUUUAAAGUCUUUUAUUAUAAAUUGCAUAGUUCUGUUAGAUGAUAGCAGUAUAUUGUAUACACACCGGGUGUUCGCGUUUACAUUCAUAUGUGUACUUUACUCCUAUUUGUGCCCUAUUCGUUAUAAAUCUUAAUUCGUCAUGAAUCUUAAUUAUUUCUUUCAUUUCUGACCUUUCAGAAUUUUAAAGAAUUUCUUUUACCAUAUAUUUGAAUUCGUCUUGACAGCCACUUUCAUAUGACAAACAAACAAAAAUAGUAUUCUAUAUAAAAAAUUAAAGGUCAUCUUAAUUUCGUGAAAAAUAUUGUAAAUAUAAAAAAUUGUUAUAUAUGCUGGGUCAUAGUAAACCAUUUUGUCUUUUUUCAUUAUUUUCUUUUGUUUACCGUUUCUGAGAAAAAUGCUGGAUAAAAAAAAAAACGCGAACACCCUAUAUAUCGCUUGCAAUGUGUUAAUUUUCUUAAAUAACUUGAAAUGUAAAUAUGUGAAAAUAUUUGUAGGCAAGUAUUACUUGUAGAAUUUAUUUUUUCAAAAUUUCUUUUUUUAAUGCGUAAUGAAUUGAGUUAUUUUAUUGCAUACACUGCGAAAACUUUUUUUGUUAUACGAAUCUUGCAGCCUAACUUCUCUCUAUGUAUAGCUAUAUCUAUCACAUCCUUCGUAUGUAUGAAAUCUCGCAGUUACAUUUAUGACAUAAUGUAAAUAAUUACUCUGUUUUAAAAAAUAUAUAUAACUUUUUGUACUCUACUAAUUCAUAUGCAUCGUUACAUUUAAAAAUAGUUAAAAAUAAAAUAUUCUGAUUUACUUUCA